AUGCCCUUCUCCCACCCGAUGCUCGGCAAACGAGCCCCCUUCAUCGCACUGCCGGACGCCAAUGGAAACCUGUACGAACUUCCUGUCGGGCAGAAGGCCAUCGCCCUUUACGUAUUUCCUCGCGCAGGUAGCCCCGUCUGCACAAAAGAGGCCUGCGCAUUCAACGAGGCGAGGGAUCUCAACCCGGUCUUCUCGUAUCUGAACAAGUACGAUUUCGAAAUCAUCGGGAUCUCUGGAGACCCGAUCUCGCGGCAACACAAGUUUGUCCAGAAUCACAACCUGAACCAUGUGGUCUUGAGCGAUACGUCUGGGGAAGCACGACGAGCUUAUGGAGUGACCAAGGUGCUCGGGUUCAUUCCAGGUCGAGAGACGUUCUUUAUCGGUCGAGACGGGAUCAUCAAGGGCGUAUGCACCAAACAGCUGAACCACAAGGCUCACCUGGCGCUGAUCGAGUCGUGCUUGAGGGUGGAAACUGAGGUCAUGGAGAACAUGUGA